CUCGAGUAGGGUAACAUUUCCGUUUUGUUUUUAUUUUGAUUCGAUUGCGAUUCGAACACGGAAGUAGUUGAUUUGUUUCUCGGUUCCGUUCGUACUGCAUCGUAUGAACUCGUUGACGAGAGUAUUGUGAAAUGUCUAAUUGUUUUUUUCGAACAAGAGUAUGAUAAUGAAUGUCUAAAUUAUGGUGAUAAACCGUUUAGAUCCGGAAUAAGGAAACUAAAUCCCUAAAUAUGGCCUCGAGGGGAGACAAAGGGAAUGGAAAUGGCGAGGAGCAGAUUGUGGAGACGUUGGCGGAGGUGUUCCGCUGCUUCAUCUGUAUGGAAAAGCUGGUGGACGCGCACCUGUGUCCGCACUGCUCGAAGCUGUGCUGUUAUGCUUGCGUUCGGCGGUGGCUGACGGAGCAGCGCUCGCAGUGCCCUCACUGCCGCGCCUCCCUACACCUACAUGAGCUGGUCAACUGCCGCUGGGUGGAAGAGGUCACGCAGCAGAUAGAGACUAUGCAACAGACCAACUCUGCCACGCAGAGGGAGAGCUUUAGAGAUAGAUGCCCAACACAUCAAGAGAAACUCACAGUGUACUGUUGGACUUGCCGUCGGUGUAUCUGCCACCAGUGUGCACUGUGGGGUGGCACCCAUUCCGGCCACACAUUCAAGCCCCUGGAGGAGGUUUAUGAGCAACAUGUGACUCAGAUCCGCGAUGAGGUGUCGCAGCUGAGACGAAGGCUCAUGGAGCUUAUUAGUUUAGUUCAAGAUGUGGAGCGGAACGUAGAAUCAGUCCGAGCUGCCAAAGACGAGCGCGUUCGCGAAAUUCGCAACGCCGUCGAACUUAUGAUUUCCCGCCUGGACUCUGCGCUCAAGGCCAAGCUGCUCACGCUGAUGGGCCAGAAGAACAGUCUCACACAGGAGACUGAGCAGCUUGAGCAUUUGCUGCAGGAGAUUGAGCAUCAGCUACAUGCUAGUACUAGGUCUGAACUAAUAGCUAAGAGUAGCGACCUGUCGAAGAUGAUUCACCAAGUGCGCAAGAAACCUAUGGCGAGCUUUGUCACUGCCCCAGUUCCCGCGGAUUUCCAUAGCGAGAUCGUCCCGAGCUACGACAGCAGCACCUUCCCGCUGACCAACUUCACGCAACUCCAGCACGCGGCCGCACCCGUUUAUUCUGCCCCUCUCCACGUCAACGGGCUAUGUUGGCGUUUGAAGGUGUACCCGGACGGCAAUGGUGUUGUACGAGGGAACUACCUGUCUGUGUUCUUGGAGCUGAGCGCUGGACUGCCAGAGACUUCCAAAUACGAGUACCGAGUGGAGAUGCUCCACCAAGUCUCCCGCGACCCGUCCAAGAACAUCGUCCGCGAGUUCGCGUCCGACUUCGAGGUCGGCGAGUGCUGGGGCUACAACCGGUUCUUCCGACUGGACCUACUAGCUAGUGAAGGAUACCUUAACCCCGACACCGAUACCCUUAUUCUGAGGUUCCAAGUGCGGCCGCCGACGUUCUACCAACGUUGCCGCGACCAGCAGUGGUACAUCAACCAGCUCAUCAACAUGCGCAGCCAGCACAUCCUACAAAUUAACGAUCUCAAAGAGCGUCUGUCACUCGAAAUGUCCCGCAACUCAAUGGCGGCGACCCGCGCUCCAACAACCGCUACUCCAGCGGCGCAGGCCUCCGACACCGACAACCCGGCGCAGAACAAGCCCGUCGACGGCAACGCCGUCAGCGACGCUCUACUAUUCGCUGGACAGUGGAAAUACUCGCCGCACGCAACUGUCAGUGGCCAGCGGCUUAUGAGUCCAGGUUUGUUGACAACAAGCUUCCGACGACCGCGGCUCCAACUGCCUAGGCUACCCACACCGACAACCCGGCACAGAACAAGCCCGUCGACGGCAACGCCGUCAGCGACGCUCUACUAUUCGCUGGACAGUGGAAAUACUCGCCGCACGCAACUGUCAGCUACCCACAACGACAACCCGGCGCAGAACAAGCCCGUCGACGGCAACGCCGUCAGCGACGCUCUACUAUUCGCUGGACAGUGGAAAUACUCGCCGCACGCAACUGUCAGUGGCCAGCGGCUUAUGAGUCCAGGAUCCCUGACACCGGUGCUGUUCGAAGAGUCCCGUAACAACGACGUCCAGUCCGCCGGCGCGUGCGGUUACGGCGACUACGGCGACCGCCGUCUGCCCGUCAACUUGCCGUCCACUUCCAGGUCGGCGAACUCCCUGGGCUGCAGCGGCGGCGGCGGCGGCGGCGGCGGGGGCGGCGCGGACAGCAUGGCGCUGGUGAGCCUGCACACGCUGCUGAGCGCCGCCGCGCCGCCGCGCGCGCCCGAGCGCGUGCCCAGCCGGCUGCCGCGCCAGCACCCUCACCCGCACGCGCACCCGCACCCGCACGCGCACCCGCACCCGCCCAGCAAGGGGGACCUCGCUACAGUGGCCUCAGUGCCGGUGUCGGAAGCCCCGCACACGGAAGCGGCGCUGUGCGCGUCGAUGUCGUCGCCCGAGCUGAACGCGGGCGCGGGCCCGGAGCCGGCGCCCGAGCCGCGCGAGCCGCCCGCGCCGCCGCUCGCCUCCGAGUCCAGCAGCGACGCGGGGGACCUGAUGUUCAGCGAACUGGAAGUGUUCACGGAUGAAAACAAUCCAUGUCACGCAGACGACAACUCCAACGAGGAGAACGACGUCGACGAAGAAACCAUGUCGGGUGAGAACGAUAUCGAAGGCGCCUGCGCGCUCCCGACGGCCGCCAGCUCCGAAAUAAUCAGCAGACUCCUGUGCGCCGUGCACGGCGUGCCCGAGGCGCGCCACGACGACCAGGCCACGGACAUGCUGCUCCUCAACCUGAUGCGGAUGAACGGCCUGACCAAGUCUAAACAUAGUCCGAAAUCCACGUCCGAGUUCACGGACCCCGUCCCCACGUCGGACACGUCGACGAAGCGGCACUGGGCGGGCGCGCGCGGCGCCGGCCCCGCCCCCUCCGCCCCCGUCGGCCCCGCCCCCUCCCCCUCCGCCGCCGCCCGCCCGCGCGCCCGCCGCCCGCCGCGCCCGCCCAGCUCGCCCGGCCAGCUGCGGCGCGUCGCUGACUCCAGGCCGACUUGCGGAGCGGUGGGAUGUUUCCUGAGCCCGCCGGGCACGCCCGAGCGCGCGCAGCCGUCGCCCGCGAGCAGCGACUACAGCUGGCCGUGCGUCGGCUCGCCCACGGAAAUAGUCACUAACGUCGACUCCAUGCUCGACUACAAUGACACAAUCUUCGACAUCCUCCUGAACAGCCUGUCCAUCUCGUCGCCGUGCGAGGCGCGGCCCGCCACGCCGCCCGUGGCGCCGUGGUGCCCGCCGCCGCACAAGGACGCCGACGCCGAGUGACGGCGGCGCCGCCGCGGCCGCGAGUACCAACACUGACAUGUCGCUCAUUACCUUGAUAUCUCUGACAUCUUCCUAAAUACUGUCGCCGUGCGAGGCGCGGCCCGCCACGCCGCCCGUGGCGCCGUGGUGCCCGCCGCGGCACACAGUGCCAACUCUGACUGAUGGGCCAGUACUUCUGCCUACUGGGAAACCCCUUUUGCACAGAUUAGAAAGAGAAAGGGCAGUUCUCGCCCGCUACUCGACUAUAAGCUUAUGGGUCUAUAGCGUUGUUUGGCUAGUACGUCUGCUUAUCGAACGAAUCGCGACUCCUUGAAUAUCGAUUUCGAUUCGAAAGUGGUGGGUAGAUUUUUUCGCCCGCUGUUUGAGUAUUUUAGCAACCGAUGGGGGUUAAAAUUGGCGUUUAUUCUACGUCCGCGAUUUUCUACUUGUAGGAUUAGCAAAAGAGUCUAAAGAAUGAGAAAAACUGGAACUUAGGCGCUAUCAGUCAACUUCUUAGCGUUGUUUUGUUAGACAAUUCGCUAAGCAAACAUGCUGUGAAUUUUGUACUCAUAGAGGGUACUGCCCAGUUGUUUAAUAAAAUUGUAAACCCUUAGCACAUAUAGUUAACAUUUGUACAAAAAUAUUAGAUUCUUUAUAAUUCUGGGUAAGUACCCUUUAUAGAUAAUUAAAAAUAGUGAAAGAAAUACGCACAUGCGGCAUGGAAAGUUACAAAACGGUCCGGUUACGCUAAAAUGGCAAUUUGUUAUCGAUUUGCUAAUUGAGGUUGAUUUACCCAAUAAAACAAAAAAAAAAAUAGAUCAAUAUUCUUAAAAUAAUGAUCAAUGUUUGAAUGAAGCCACGCUAUGUAAACUACGGUAUUCUUGGUUUGCGUUGCUAAGUUUAGUCGUAAUUAGAAAGAAGAGUUACAAAGCUAAGGGUGAUAUUUCACCUGUCCUAUUUCUGAGUCCAGUUUGUAUUUGCGUCUCACAUUUCGCUUAAUGAGAGAGCGAGACGCAAUGCAUAUUGAACCAAGAAAUUGGACAGGUGGAAUACCACCAUCAAGGUUUAUGGUGUAAUAAGUCCAAGGCGCUCCAAGUGCACCUAAUGUCCGUGUAGUCUAUGUGGAAUUGUUUUGUUGAUGGUUUUCUGUAGUGAUGCUUUCUUUCGUGGAAGUAUUUCUCAUAUACAGACGCUGAAUGUUGCAAAUAUGUUAGUGUAUCACUUGUUUCGAAUUUGUAAUCGAUAUGGAUACAAAUGUCGUGUCCGUUAAUACUCGGCUUUGAAAACAUUGUUCAAGACUAUCCUUGCAUUUCAGAUAGCAUUUUAAAGACGACCGCCUGACAGUUAGCUGUUGGAGCGAAGUAAUCAUAAACGUAUGGUAACGGUAGUCGCCUCGUGUGACUGCUUCAUACCAUCAUAUUCGUUGCUUUCCCUCGUUUGUUGAGGUCGUGCGUUCGCGGUGCAUACUCAGUAGCUUAAUAUAAGCAAAAAGAAUUUGAAAUAGAGGUGGAUUGUCACAGUAAAU